AUGAGGAUCCACAGCCUCACCCUGCUGUCCUUUCUCCUUCUGGCCACUCGGGUGCUCUUCAUGCAUGUCCAAAAGGGAGUAAAAAUAGGACAGGGAAGUGCACCAGACGUCGAUCAUUGGGUCAUUCUGGGACCCACUGGGCAUGGGGCAAAAGAGCAGCCUUCUGAGUUCCUGCAAAUUGGUGACUUUACCACCAGUGAUCAAGCCAAGUGCAAGUGGGGUAUGCUUGGGAAGGGAGAGGGCAUCGCUCAGGUAAAGGUCGACUGCACUCAAAACAACAAUCAGUUCUCCUGUAUCUUUGAGGGCAACCCAACCUCAUGCCUUCAGUCUUUGGAGAAUAGCAUUCACUACUGGAGACAAGUAGUUGGGAGCCUGAGACUCCAGAAAGACCUCUGUAGGGACUCCACUGCCAUCUUGACAACCGAUGUGUGUGGUAGCAAGUUUGAGGAAUCCAAACUCAAGCUGGUGAGCUCCACUCUACUCAACCACUAG